AUGACGACGGAUCGCCACCCGAGCCAGCCUCCAUCAUCCCCUCUUGAUGCUCCGGCGAAGCAGGCCCUCGCCAGCAACAACAUGGCAGGAGAUUCUACUAACGAAAGCACUGUUUCUGUAGCCAAGGGACCGGUUCUCAGCCCCGAGCCAUUGUCCAUUUCCACUGGCACCAGCCCAACGAGCCCCCGGCGCUCAGCUUUUGGUGUUACUGCUUCCUCACCCAGCCAGGCCACUUCACAACAGCAGCUUAACGAAUAUCGAGAAAAGCUUGCACGCGACCUCGAGCGCCGAGAAUUGUCGGCUAGAGGCCUGAUGGCGAGCCCAAAUGACAAGAGCCGAGUCUCUCCCAUCCCUGAGGAGGGGCUGUCGAGUUCACCGCUUCAUACAUCGACCCUAACAACAACUUCCACCGAGUCUGGCGCUACUGUUCGAGGUGCUCCCACCCCAGGACCCAUCGCGGGUACCCCAUCCUACCCUUUCCCUCGGAUGGCACCCGCCGGCUUUGUGCCUUCGUACCUGCAUAGGCCUUUUACUGCCCUGUCUCCAACUGGUGCCCCUCGUUCCUCCAACUUCGGUUCUUUCGAGGCCUUGGGCAUCGCCGCCCACGACAAGGUUCUUUCGGGGAACUCGACACCCGCCUCCAACUUCACUUUCAACCCUUCCGUCAUGUCCCCUCAACCUGAAAAUCUCGACUUUCCCAACCCUAACCUGUAUGACCUCUCUCUGAUGCUGGCGGCCGAGCCUGGCCUGGAUGCUUGGUGGAAUACUGUUGUUCAGAUUAUGAGAGAUGUGUAUAAAGCUGAGCGGGUAACAUUAGCUAUUCCAGCUGACUCAACAGACAUCGAAAAUGUCCCAUGGGGUCAGAAAGCCACUUUCAAUCAGCAUAAGGAAGAUGACUUGAGUCUUGGAUAUAUGGCUGCAAGGGAGGCCAGCAGCAUGGUCUUGAGCCCUAGCGACAACGAUCGAUCUGCAGCUGGGUCCAACGCUGCGGCAUCGAGUCCUGAUGAUACCCUCCGCGUCAACUCUGCCGCUGUCCGACCCGGCCUUUUGAGUCGACACUCAUUCACCACCUAUGAGGAGAACAAGGAGAGGACCCAAUCUCGCUCCCCAGGGCACUCUCGACGGCCUUCAUACUUGACAAGAAGCCAAAGCAAUUACCCCGCCAGCCGUACCCCUCGGGAAACCCAAGAGGACUACGCCAAACUUAACAAGUCGGCUCUCGAUGAGCACGACGCCAUUGAGCAGCAAAUUCCUAGUUGGGAGGCCCCGCUCAUGGGGGAGAAGGAAGGACAGGGCCGUGUUUUGCCUGUCCUGCAAGCUCUCGAUUAUGAGGCAGAUCCCCUCAUUGAUCAUAGUGGUGUGAUGCGAGUGCUUGAACGUGGAAGGGCUAUUGCACUAACGAGAAGUUACCCCUAUCUCGCCAACGAGGCCUCUGCCGAGCCUUUAAAGCAGUCAAAGACGACUGCUCAAGAGGGGACCUCUGAUCCCGCAGGCAGGAAGACAUCCGGCAGGCCUCGUUCCGACUCAUUCUCGAAACUAUCGUCAAUAUUUAGUGGCACCAGCACCUCCCGGCCAUCAAUCCGAAGUAAGCCCCUUUCCAGCAGCGAUCGAGCAAAGACGAUAGCAUCACGCCUCGAAGGGCGAUUGGACGAAGAGAGGCCGCGACCCCCAACUCCCAAGUACGAGGAAUUCGAACAAGCGCCACCCUCGCCAUGGUCACAAUCUCCAGCCCCUUCACCCGCCGUUCGAUCCGACCCCAAGGAGAAUCCCUUCUUUACAGACGCUAUGGUGGACGAAGACUCCUUUAACCCAGACACUGGCACAGCUGACUACACUGGAAUACGCCCGCCAGAGGCUAUUGGCGUCGACAACUCAUGGACAGUACUCCACAUCCCCUUAUCCCAUGUUCUCCUCUCGAAACCGACACGAACUUUCAAACUCGACAGCACUCUUAUGGAACAAAGGUCCCACUCUCGAGCCAAGAGCGAGCCUGCUGCAAAUGCAUCCACCACUGGCGAUGAAGCCGGUCGAAGCACUCCUGAUAGCCUCAGGAAAGACAAGCCCGCCCCUAUCGCCAUUCUCUCUAUACUGAGCUCCGUUAUUCCGUAUCCUUCCAACCUUCGACACUCCCUCGAACAUCUUGCGCCCCAUAUGGCCACCACUUUCUCAUUGUGCAGGCACUACAGCAAUCUCGAGACUGAACUUGCAGGCCUGCAACGUAAACGACCACAAACUGCUGGAUUUGGCGCGGUUGCGCACGACGGUCGCCCCCUGGACGGCAUGGCGUAUCUUGCAGCAGACGACAUGCUCCCCCACCAAUCCUUGGCUGGAAGUAUGACGAGCCCGAGCGAUUACUCUGGAGUGUCCAAGAGCGCCACUGGAUCUCCUCUCGGGACGCCUGGCUGGGAUCAAGGGCCUGUUGGCUUCCUCGCCGACAAGCGGCCACCACCGACUUCAAGUCCUGCCGCAACACCGCAGGGAGACGGAUACUUUAGUGCCAGGCAGCGGACAGCGCCUGCAAGGCAUGAGAAUCUUGUUAGCUCAGGCACCCCCCGAGCGAGAACAACAUCAAAGGACAGUUCACCAUCAGAGAAGCGAAAUUCUCGUCUCAGCGGCCCACCAUCCUUGCAGGAAGCACUAGAUCCAGUUGUUUCUGUUGAUAAUAAGACAGUCCGUACCUCACCCGACGAAUCGACGAGCUCUGCGACGAAGCGAUCGGCGCAGACAGAUACGCGGGCUGUCAGUAUAGAUGCCUCAGAUGUCGUGGGCAGCGACAACUCGGCAGAGAAUUUGGCUGACUCUGCAAAGACUGGACGUGGCAAUCGCCAAGGACACAGCAUGCUGCACUCUUACGGUGCUGAUUUUGCCUCGACCUUUCAAUCUCUUCCGCCUAGCUCUACACUUUCGGCCAGACCGACACCCAUUGCUGCUCCUUCUCGAAGUGGCUCGAUAAAUUCUACAGCAGCCGACAUGCCUCCACCGUCCGACAGGCUGAAGGGACUUAUUCUCGAUUCACUACCGGCCCAUGUCUUCGUCGCGCUUCCGCAAACUGGGGAGAUUGUCUGGGUGAAUAGUCGAUAUCUUUCCUAUCGAGGACAGACAGCCACCGACCUCGCUGCAGAUCCCUGGGGAAGUCUUCAUCCUGACGACCGAGAUGAGUAUCUGAAGGCUUGGGGCCAUUCGGUUCGGACGGGAGAGCAGUUUUCUAGGACUGUUCGAAUCAAACGAUUCGAUGGCGCCUACCGAUGGUUUUAUGCCAGGGCAGUCGCUUCCAAGGAUAAGAGGGGGGUCAUCAUGCAGUUCCUCGGAUCCUACAUGGAUAUCCAUGACCAGCACAUCGCCGAGUUGAAAGCGGCACGCCAGGAGGAAAUUGAAGCCUCUGAGGCCAAACAUCGACUACUCGCCAACCUGAUUCCACAGAUUAUCUUUACGGCAACUGAAGACGAGGGCAUUACAUUUGCCAACGAACAGUGGCUGUCUUACACCGGCCAAAGCUUCUCAGAUUCGCUCGGUCUCGGCUUCAUGGACUUUGUGCACCCGGAGGAUCUGGCCAAAUGUCGCAUUCCGUCAACCCAGCCUUCCACACCCAGUGGACGGAAGCGCGAGGAGGAGAACAAGGUGUACCAGCAAGGGUCGAUAUCCUCCGAAGCCACCUCGACGAGCACGAUCCAAGCACUCAAGACACAGACAUUGCAAACACCACAGGACUCACCUCAUCGAAACCUGCAGCAGCCCCUAUCUCGAAACAAUAGCUCGAGCAGCAGUUCCGUAUACGAAUGGCCUUCUGCUGACUUGACUGAGCUUGCUCGUAAAGGCAUCAUCAAGGUUGCGACUGACAGUGCCGGCCGAGUUUCAUACACGACUGAGGUCCGACUUUUGUCCAAGACUGGAGAAUACCGAUGGCAUCUGAUCCGAUGUGUCGAAAUUGAUACCAUCGACUUUGGUAGUGGUGCCAGCUCCUACUUUGGCUCUGCUACCGACAUCAAUGACCACAAACUCCUCGAAACCAAGCUCAAGGAAGCCAUGGAGAGCAAGGGCAGAUUCCUCAGCAACAUGUCCCAUGAGAUCCGAACGCCUCUGAUUGGUAUCUCGGGUAUGGUCAGCUUCUUGCAGGAUACUACCUUGAAUGAAGAGCAGCUCGAUUACACCAACACGAUCCAGACAAGCGCCAACAGCCUGAUCAUGAUUAUCAACGACAUUUUGGAUCUCUCCAAGGUCGAUGCUGGCAUGAUGAAGCUGAAAUAUGAGUGGUUCCACACCCGGUCCCUUAUCGAGGAUGUCAACGAGCUUGUUUCAACAAUGGCGAUUGCCAAGCGCCUCGAGCUGAACUACCUUGUCGAGGCUGACGUACCUGCGUGGGUCAAGGGUGACAAGGUACGGAUUCGCCAAGUCCUGCUGAACGUGACUGGCAAUGCUAUCAAGUUCACUUCCGAGGGUGAGGUCUUCAGUCGGUGUCGUGUGUACACGGCCAAGGGCUCCGAUAUGGACGAGAACGAGAUAAUGCUCGAGUUUUCCGUCACCGAUACCGGGCGUGGAUUCUCCAAGGAGGAGGCCGACCUGAUCUUCAAACCUUUCAGUCAAAUUGAUGGAAGCAGCACUCGUCAACAUGGCGGUAGUGGCCUGGGACUUGUCAUCUCGAGACAGCUAGCUGAGCUGCACGGAGGCACGAUGACAGGCAGGGCUACUCCUGGAAAGGGCUCUACUUUUACAUUCACCGCUCGAUUCGGCCUUCCCACAGCCGACGACCAUCCAAAUCUGCCUGAUAGUCCCCCACCAACGGGAGCUUUUACCCCAAGACCAGAGGUAGUGGACAGCGUUCCUGGUAGCAUCAAGCCCCUGCCCCCACCCCGGCAUCUGCGCGCCAUUGAAGGUACUAGCACUGGAGGGACGAACUCCGAGUUCACUUCACCUGGGGAUGUUUCUGUUGGCAGCUCAAACCCAUCUGUCCGCUCUGGAAAGUCACACAUCACCGAUCGAUCAUCGGCAACGUCUGUCACCACUGGGCUGGCUCGCUUCAGUGAAGCAGCCAAGGCCAGUGGCCAAGACUUGUCCCAGAUGAAGCUCGAGAUGCCUUCAGGCCGUAGCUCUCCUGGGACACAUCUGGCACACGGCAGUGGCACGCCUGAGGAUUUCCGGCCGCCCAUGUAUUCGAUUCUUAUCAUCUGCCCUCAGUUCCACAGCCGCGAAGCUACGACACAACACAUUGAGAUGACUCUGCCCAAGGAUGUUCCUCACCAAAUCACAGCCCUGUCGACUGUCGAGGAGGCGCAGACAUUGAUUGGCGGCGAGGAUCCCAUCAAGUUUACACAUAUUGUCAUCAACCUUCCUUCAGCAGAAGCCAUAAUUGCGCUCAUGGACGACAUAACGAGGUCGCAGACGAUCGAUAAGACGACCAUCCUCGUCCUGUCCGACUCAGUGCAGCGGCAGGCAGUGAUGAAGCUGGCAGCCAACACCAAGUAUGAGCAGCUCCUCUCAGAGAACCUGGUGACCUUCAUCUACAAGCCUGUCAAGCCAUCCCGAUUCGCCGUCAUCUUUGACCCCAACAAGAUGCGCGACCUGAGCAUAGACCGAAACCGCUCGACGGCGCAGCAGAUGGUUGAGAACCAGAAGGCUAGCUACCAAGAGAUUGAGCGACGCAUGGGCAACAAAGGCUACAAGGUGUUGCUGGUCGAGGAUAACCCUGUCAACCAGAAGGUGCUCAUGAAGUAUCUCAACAAGAUUGGCGUGGAUGUUGAGAUCGCCGUUGACGGUGUUGAAUGCACUACAAUGGUCCUCUCAAAGCCGCAUAGCCACUACUCUCUCAUCUUGUGUGACCUUCACAUGCCUCGCAAGGACGGCUACCAGGCGUGCCGUGAGAUUCGCCAGUGGGAGACGUCGAGUGGCCAUCCCAACAUGCCCAUCAUCGCUCUGUCAGCCAACGUCAUGUCGGAUGUGCAGGACAAGUGUGUCGCGGCGGGAUUUAGCGACUACGUCACGAAACCGGUCGACUUCAUUGAUCUCAGUAGGGCCAUGUCCAGGUUCUUUUGA